ACAGAUGAAUCUGGGAGACCAGCUGCUGAGUCGUGUGUCGUGAAUAGAUAAAGUCGUGUGCUUCGGUCUGACAUGUUAGGUUAUGGCAAAAAUCGAGACAAUGUUCAGGUUUUCAAUUAGAUCCAUAAAUAUUCUUAACAAUGUAAUUAAGCAUAGACCUGGAGUGAUACUUCAAGACCAGAGCUAUCAUGUUUUUCCUGAGUUUCACUGCAGCUUAUCUCAUAGGCGAUUUUAUUCAAUUGAACCCAAGUACAAAACGCCCUUAGCAAGCCUAUUAAGCAACUCCAAGGAGCAGCCUGACCCCAACCAAGAUAAAAUUGACGAAGAGGAAGCGAAAAAGCAAAGGGAACAGUCAUGGAGAACCAUGAAACUCACCUUAUUGUUUUUCGGCGUUGGUUUCAGCUGCAUGGGCUCCUAUUUAAUUGUAACUCUGGGAGCACCGCAAAAGGAUGACGACGGCGUUGCUAUUCGAGAUCAGUUUUCAGAUUAUCCCACUUUUAAGUCAUAUUUAUAUAGGACUUGGCGAGAACUGGAGUAUUAUCGGAAGCUCAUUAGAGAACCAUCGAGAGACAAGCUACUGCCAGACCCUCUCCAGUAUCCAUAUAUUCAACCAAAGUAUACGUUGGUUUUGGAAUUAACUGAUGUUCUCGUACAUCCAGAUUGGACGUAUAAUACUGGGUGGAGGUUUAAAAAGAGACCUUUUCUAGACUAUUUUCUAGAAUCUCUCAAGGAGCAUUUCGAGAUCGUAAUAUAUACAGCUGAACAAGGAAUGACGGUUUUUCCGUUAAUUGAAGCCAUAGAUCCUAAUAACAUUAUUGCUUAUAAGUUGGUGAGGGAUGCCACCCAUUUCACCAAUGGGCAUCAUGUAAAAAGCCUGAAUAACUUAAACCGAGAUCUUAGCAGAGUGAUUUGCAUUGACUGGAAUAGCAACAAUGUGAAAUUCAACCCAGAAAACCUGUUUUGCAUCAAACGAUGGGAUGGAAGCAAUGAGGAUACAGCUCUUUUGGAUUUAGCCAAUUUUCUGAAAACAAUUGCUAAUAAUGAAAUUGAGGACGUUCGUGACGUUUUAAAGGUGUAUAGCCUUUAUGAUGACCCAGUAACGGCGUUUAGAGAGAAACAAAAACGACUUUUAGAGGAACUAGAGGCUCAAACAGUCGCACAGCAAGAACUAGGAAAAACUAAACUUUCUCGAUGGACACCAACCUUCUUCAGGAAGACGCGUUUAAAUUGGAUUAUGUGAAGAAUUAAUUGGAACAGCAUUGUCUGUGAGUACGAGAUUUACUUAUUUUCAAUCAGUCGCUGCUAUGCGUGUAUAUUAAAUUACGUGGAAAAUAUAUGUCUUUUUUUCUG